AUGUUAAAAAUUUGUUCUUUAUGUUAUAAUUCACUAACCCAUUUUCUUGAAUUUUUGUUUUAUACACAGUUUAUUUGUUCUUCAUCAUCUAAUAAUGUUCAACCUAGAUGGCUUGAAAAUCUUCUAGCUGAGAAAUUCUACAACGCUUGUUUAAUUCAUCAAGAAUCAAAGAAGAAUGAAAAGAAUGUUUAUUGUUUGGAUUGUUGUAUUAGUCUUUGCCCUCACUGUAUUCCACCUCAUCGUUCUCACAGACUCUUGCAGAUUAGAAGAUAUAUGUAUAAUGAUGUUAUAAGAUUAGAUGCUGCUUCAAAGUUAAUUGAUUGCUCUUCUAUUCAAUUCUAUAGAACAAACAAUGCAAAAGUGGUGUUUUUGAAAAGAGAAUCACCAAAGAAAAGCUCAAGCGGCAAUAUCUGCAUAAGUUGUGCCAGAAAUCUACAAGACCCAUACAAAUUCUGCUCACUCAAUUGCAAGGUGAAUCACCUAGUGCAUACAUUGGGAUCACUCUCUGGAUACCUUUAUGAGUGCAACUACAUGCCAUUAUCUGACUCCGGCCUAGAUGAUGGUGUAAUUAGUGAAAUGACACCCGACUCGGUUCUCGAACCAUCCGGUUCAAACCACACUUCAUCCGGUUCUGGUGGAUACGGCGUUGUGGAUUGUCAAGCCACCUUAGCUUGCACCGCAACUACUGAAGUUGUUCGCAAGAAAAGAACCGGUCUUUCCACUUUUCGACCACGUUGUCGGCCUGCAUGCUCGCCAGUGUCGGAAAUAUCAACUAAUAUGAUGAACAAGAGAAAGGGAAAUCCUCAUAGGGCUCCACUAUAUUGA